AUGCCAGACGAGGCAAAUGAUUCAGGUUCAACUGGCCUCAGUGGGACCGCCAGCUCGUACCUCUGGCAUCUUCGACUUGGACAUAUUGGCCAUGGCGGUCUAGACUUCAUUGUCAAGAAGGGCUACGGUAUCGGCAUCAACAUCGCUUCUGUAAAACAGUAG